AUGCAGCGCUGGAAGGCGGCAGCCGUGGCCUGGGUGUUCUGCAGCUCGAUGCUAACGAUGUGGAUGUGCCGGGACGGCCUCACGCCUGCGCUGGCCCCGCUGCGCCGCCCGCCUCGCACCCUGGACGCCCGCAUUGCCCGCCUGGCUCAGUACCGGGCCCUGCUGCAGGGCGCGCCGGACGCCGUGGAGCUGACCCCCUGGGCCGGCCGCGCUCCGGGUCCUCGCCGUCGGACGGGGCCUCGGCGGCGGCGCGCACGUGCGCGUGCCCGGCCGUGCGGCCUGCGCGAGCUCGAGGUGCGCGUGAGCGAGCUGGGCCUGGGCUACGCGUCGGACGAGACGGUGCUGUUCCGCUACUGCGCAGGCGCCUGCGAGGCCGCCACGCGCGUCUACGACCUGGGCCUGCGGCGCCUGCGCCAACGGCGGCGCGUGCGGCGCGAGCGGGUGCGCGCGCAGCCCUGCUGCCGCCCGACGGCCUACGAGGACGAAGUGUCCUUCUUGGACGUGCACAGCCGCUACCACACGGUGCGCCAGCUGUCGGCGCGCGAAUGCGCCUGCGUGUGA